GUAGUUAGAAGGCCGCUAGUCAAAAAAUUUCAUAAAAAUUUGGCACAAAUGAUUUAUAUUUUGACGUUAACAAAAAUCUUAGCAACUGAAUAUUAAAAUUUAAUUUUAAGAAUAUUACGUAUAAAGAGAUUAUAUAGAAAGUGAACAAAAUUAAUUAUACUACAUAUUCAACCGCGUAUUUUAAAAUUGUGCGUUCAGUGCCUAAGUAGAUAUGGGAUAUGGACCGCUACAAAGAACUACAAGUACUCCCUUGCAACGAGAGGAACCUAAUUUACCGGAGAAAAGUCAAGAAGCCAUAACACCAGUAGAAUUUUUAGACAUUAACAGAGAUAAAAAUUAUUAUACUGACUGUGUUUCAAUGAAAAGAAAAGUUACUUUUUGUGAAACACCUGUCGCAGAGAAGAAAGAAGAUAUAUUAGAAAUAGAAAAUAUGUUUGAAGGCCAAAUUAUUGUUACUCCCAGUUCAGCAGCCAACAACUCUGCUGUGUUUUAUAGUGCCAAACAAUAUCCACAGGAAAAUUUGACAUGUCAUGGUGACAAAAACGAAAUAAGUAUAUACACGGACAGCAAGGACAUUAAAUUUGAGGAGAAAAGAGAGAUUAACAAUGCAGAAAUUGGACAUGAAGAAAGUGUUUUAUGGAUAAGUGCUGUAAAUACAUCACCAGAUUUUAUUGAAGGAAGCAAACCAUUUAUUGACACAAAUAACUUUCCUACACCAAGCAUUGCAAAGUUAAAAAAAAGGCAAGUAAAUGUAGUUAUGCCAACAGCAAUUAGAAACCAAAAUGUCGAAUUGGAAUUACCUUCUAAUAUGUCUUUAACUACUCUGAAUACUUCUAUAUCUGAGGAAAGCACAUCUGAAAUGCAACAAGAUAGUUUUAAACCACAUCUGAUUCUUAAAGAAACUUCUGUAAAUAAAGUCGAGUAUUCAAGUACUGACGAUACAAAUGGAAUCUUAGCAGAAACAUCCACAAAUUCUGCCAGUCUUUGGACUUCAAUGAGUAAGAUUGUUAAAACUGUAGCAAAUGUAGUACAAGAGUUUUCCAGUUCAACCUCUAAUUCCAAAACUCCUUUAAAACGUAUUAUGGAAGAUGAUAUAUUUGAUGGACCUCAUGUUAAAAGGUACAAACUGACUGAAAUAAAAUGUCGUCCUCCAAUAAGACAUUUGGCUAUAGAAUAUAUGGGAGAAUGUAAGGAAAAUUUGAAAUAUGAGAGUAGCAGUUUUAUAAAUAGAAUUAAUAAAACAUUUGUUGAUAAAGCAACACAAACAGAUGAAUGGUUCCCACAAAAUUGCUGACUAGUGACAAAUUUAUAGCUUUUCAAAUUGCUUUUACUAAAUUUGUACCAUUGUUUAAACCAAGUAAUGUAAAAUAUAUUAUAGAUAUAGCAUGCGAUAUAUGAUAUUAAUCAGUUUAAAAGUUUAUUUUUAUAUUUAAAUUUGUUCGUCAAUUGUAAAUUGUUCUGUAUUUAUAUGCACUUCUGUAAUUCUUAAAAUUUGUAAUAGAACUUAUUGGCAGUUAUUAAGAAAAUUUAUUUAAAAAAUAGUAUAAAAAAAAUAAAAAUGUUCCAAGUACAGGUCCAAAAUUGCUUCCUAAGGGCCCCUACUCAGGAGACACAAUUAGGGACUUGCCCAUCUUGUUAAAAAUAAAAAAGUAAACACCUUUGUAUUAUACCUUCAAGGAGCUUGUAGCUUCUUGGCAAACUUAUUUGGGCCUGUUUAUUAAACAAUUUUUAAAUUUUUUAACACAAUCUAAUGAUAAAGUUUGUCGUUCUAAUUAUGAGUAUCACACUAUUCUGUAUAUUCGACAAUAUUGAACUAGACAAAGCAUUAAAAUUCUGUUUCUUUAAAAAUAUUUUUUUUAUUAGAAUUUUCAAACUU